CCCCUUCUCCUCCCCCUGCUCGCUGCAGACUCCCUCCUUCUCACUGUCGCAGCCCAGAUCGACGGUCGGGUGGCGGCUCAGUGAGCCCCUGCUGCAGGGAACGAGCAAAGGGACGUCCAGGAGCCCAGGAGCCCAGGACUGCCAAGGGGCGCCCACCCACCCUGCCCCGAGAGAACCCCCUUCCCAAGGUCGGGGACAGAGCAGGUGCAGAGACACCGCAGUCGCUGGUUACUCAGCCUCCUGAAUGAUGCCAGCCCAAGGUUCGCUAAGCUCCAACCUGGCCCUUCUGGUGCUGCUGGGCACAGUCAGAGCAGGCCCUUUCUCUCCACGGUCCAAUGUGACACUCCCAGCCCCACGGCCUCCUCCCCAGCCAGGAGGCCGCACAGAACAGCCAGGAGGGGGAGGCCCUUCUUCUCAGCUUUAUGAGCACACCGUGGAAGGAGGGGAGAAGCAGGUGGUGUUCACCCACCGCAUUAACCUGCCCACUUCAGGUAGCUGUGGCUGUCCCCCAGGCACUGAGCCCUCCGUCCCUGCUUCGGAGGUGCAGGCCCUGAGGGUCCGGCUGGAGAUCCUGGAGGAGCUGGUGAAGGGGCUCAAGGAACAGUGCACUGGGGGAUGUUGUCCUGCUGCUGCCCAGGCUGGCACAGGCCAUACAGACGUGCGGAGCCUCUGCAGUCUCCAUGGCGUGUUUGACCUGAGCCGCUGUGCCUGCUCCUGCGAGCCAGGCUGGGGUGGGCCCACCUGCUCAGACCCCACAGAUGCUGCGGUGCCCCCCUCCUCUCCCCUCUCAGCUUCCCGGUCCUGCCCAGAUGACUGCAAUGAUCAGGGUCGCUGCGUCCGUGGUCGCUGCGUGUGCUUCCCUGGCUACACCGGCCCCAGCUGUAGCUGGCCCUCCUGCCCGGGGGACUGCCACGGCCGCGGGCGCUGCGUGCAGGGCGUGUGCGUGUGCCGUGCGGGCUUCUCCGGGGACGACUGCAGCCUGCGCUCCUGCCCUCGGGGCUGCAGCCAGAGGGGACGCUGCGAGAACGGGCGCUGCGUGUGCAAACCGGGCUACACUGGCGAGGACUGUGGGGUGAGGAGCUGCCCCCGAGGUUGCAGCCAGAAGGGGCGCUGCGAGGACGGGCGCUGCGUCUGUGACCCUGGCUACGCUGGCGAGGACUGCGGCUCUCGGAGCUGCCCGUGGGACUGUGGCGAGGGCGGGCGCUGUGUGGACGGCCGCUGCGUGUGCUGGCCCGGGUACGCGGGCGAGGACUGCAGCACGCGGACCUGCCCCCGCGACUGUCGGGGCCGAGGGCGCUGCGAGGAAGGCGAAUGCAUCUGCGACCCAGGCUACAGCGGGGACGAUUGCGGAGUGCGCAGCUGCCCGGGCGACUGCAACCAAAGGGGCCGCUGCGAGGACGGCCGCUGCGUGUGCUGGCCUGGGUACUCGGGGCCCGACUGCGGCGCCCGCGCUUGCCCGCGCGACUGUCGGGGCCGCGGGCGCUGCGAGAACGGCGUGUGCGUGUGCAACGCGGGCUACAGCGGCGAGGACUGCGGCGCGCGCAGCUGUCCUGGGGACUGUAGCGGCCGGGGCCGUUGCGAGAGCGGCCGCUGCGUGUGUUGGCCCGGGUACACAGGCCGGGACUGCGGCACGCGCGCCUGCCCUGGCGACUGUCGCGGGCGCUGCGUGGACGGCCGCUGCGUGUGUAACCCGGGCUUCACAGGCGAGGACUGCGGGAAACGACGGUGUCCCGGGGACUGCCGCGGUCGCGGCCGCUGCGAGGAUGGCGUGUGCUUGUGCGACGUGGGCUACGAGGGCGAAGACUGCGGCGGGCGCAGCUGCCCCAGGGGUUGCCAGGGUCGCGGCCAGUGUCUGGAGGGGCGGUGCGUGUGCGACGACGGCUACGAGGGUGAAGACUGCGGUGUGAGGCGGUGCACGCGCGACUGCAGCCAGCGCGGCGUGUGCCAGGAUGGUGUGUGCGCCUGUUGGGAGGGCUACACGGGCGAGGACUGCAGCCUCCGUACCUGCCCCUCCGACUGUCACCGGCGCGGCCGCUGUGAGGACGGGCGCUGCGUGUGCGACUCCGGCUACACCGGCCCCUACUGUGCCACCCGAACCUGCCCGGCGGACUGCCGGGGCCGUGGACGUUGUGUGCAGGGCGUGUGCGUGUGCCACGCGGGCUACAGCGGCGAGGACUGUGGGCAGGAAGAGCCUCCCGCCAGUGCCUGCUUCGGGGGCUGCGGGCCUCGGGAGCUGUGCCGCGCGGGCCAGUGUGUGUGCGUCGAGGGCUUCCGAGGCCCCGACUGCGCCAUCCAGACGUGCCCCGGGGACUGCCGCGGUCGGGGAGAGUGUCGUGAGGGCAGCUGCGUCUGCCAAGAUGGCUAUGCAGGGGAGGACUGCGGGGAAGAGGUGCCAGCCGUUGAGGGCAUGAGGAUGCACCUCCUGGAGGAGACGAUGGUUCGGACAGAGUGGACCCGGGCUCCUGGCAAUGUGGAUGCCUACGAAAUUCAGUUCAUCCCCACGACAGAGGGGCCGAGCCCCCCAUUCACAGCACGGGUGCCCAGCUCUGCCUCAGCCUAUGACCAGAGAGGACUGGCCCCUGGUCAGGAGUACCAGGUCACUGUCCGUGCCCUUCGAGGGACUAGCUGGGGCCCUCCUGCCUCCAAGACCAUCACCACCAUGAUCGAUGGCCCCCAGGACCUCCGAGUGGUGGCUGUGACACCAACCACGCUGGAGCUCAACUGGCUGCGCCCCCAGGCUGAGGUGGACCAGUUCGUGGUGUCCUACGUCAGUGCCGGCAACCAGAGGGUGCGGCUGGAAGUGCCCUCUGAGGCAGACGGGACGCUGCUGACCGGCCUGAUGCCAGGCGUAGAAUACGUGGUGACCGUCACUGCCGAGCGGGGCCGGGCAGUAAGCUACCCGGCUUCUGUCAGGGCCAACACAGCACCAGGCCACUACAGUCACCCGGAGGCGCACGCCCCAGCCCCGUCCCCCAAGCCCCGGCCCCGGCCGGUCCCGGCCCCGCGGCCCUCGCGCCCACCAGUCCCCCCUCGGCCCUCGCGGCCGGCGGAGGAGGGGGAGGCGGAGUCUCGGCCCGAGUCGAGCCUACCCCAGCCCCCUCGGCGGGCGUGGGGCAACCUGACGGCCGAGCUGGGCCGCUUCCGCGGCACCGCGCAGGACCUGGAGCACCACCUGCGGGCUCACGGCUACCCACUGCGGGCCAACCAGACCUACACGUCGGUGGCGCGCCACAUCCACGAAUACUUGCAGCGGCGUCGCCUGGCGGCGGCCGUCCCCACCAGCUCCCCCGCACCCCCGGCCCGUCGCCCCCACCCCACCUCCAGCCCCGACUCGGGCACCUGGAAGCGGGACUCCAACCAGGGCACCUACGGCCUCUCGCCCAAAGGCGUCGACCGGGUGGCUGCGCCCCGCCACCCCAAGCCCGAGGUGCUGGGCAGUUCCGCCGACGGCUCACUACUCGUGUCCCUCGACGGGCUCCGCGGCCACUUCGAGCGCGUGGUGCUGCGCUGGCGGCCCCAGCCGCCCGCAGAGGGCCCCGGCGGGGAGCUGACCGUGCCGGGCACCAAGCGCACCGUCAGCCUGCCAGAUCUCAAGCCCGGCACCACCUACCACGUGGAGGUCCACGGGGUACGGGCAGGGCAGACCUCCAAGUCCUACGCCUUCAUCACCACCACAGGGUCCUCCCCCUCAGACCUCCUGGGGUCCACUGAUGAGCCUCCUCCCUCAGGCCCUUCAACGACUCAAGGGGCUCAGGCCCCUGUCCUGCAGCAGCGACCCCAGGAGCUGGCAGAGUUGAGGGUGCUGGGCAGAGACAAGACAGGACACCUCCGCGUGGCCUGGACCGCCCAGCCUGACACCUUUGCCCACUUCCAGCUGCGCCUACGGGUGCCCGAAGGGCCUGGGGCACAUGAGGAACUACUGCCAGGGGAUGUCCGUCAGGCUCUGGUGCCCUCACCCCCUCCUGGAUCCCCCUAUGAGCUGUCACUUCGUGGGGUCCCCCCCGGGGGCGAGCCCUCUGCCCCUCUCAUCUACCAAGGCAUUAUGGACAGGGACGAGGAGAAGCCCGGGCAGCCUUUGGCCCCGCCACGCCUGGGCAAGCUGACAGUGACAGACAUGACUUCCAGCUCCCUGCUUCUGCACUGGACGGUCCCUGAGGGCGAGUUUGACUCCUUCGUGAUCCAAUACAAAGACAGGGACAGGCCCCAGGUGGUGCCUGUAGAGGGACCCCAGCGCUCAGCCCUCAUCUCCAACCUGGACGUCGGCCGCAAGUACAAAUUCGUCCUGUACGGGCUCGUGGGCAAGAAGAGGCAUGGCCCCCUGGUGGCUGAAGCCAAGAUCUUGCCUCAGCCUGAUUCCAGCUCAGUGACUCCACCCCGCCUGGGAAAGCUGUGGGUGACAGAUCCCACCCCAGAUUCGCUGCACCUCUCCUGGACUGUCCCUGAGGGCCAGUUUGACUCCUUCGUGGUCCAAUACAGGGACAGGGAUGGACGGCCCCAGGUGGUGCCCGUGGAAGCUCCCGAGCGCUCGGUCAUUGUCUCCCCGCUGGACCCCGACCACAAGUACAGAUUCACUCUCUUUGGGAUUGCCAACAAGAAGCGGCACGGCCCCCUCACGGCCGAUGGCACCACUGCCCCGGAGAAGAGAGAGGAGUCGCGCCACCCAGAGUCCCCUGAGCAGCCCCUGCUGGGGCAGCUGACAGUGACUGGCACCACCCCAGACUCCCUGCGCCUGUCCUGGACGGUGGCCCAGGGCUCUUUUGACUCCUUCAUGGUCCAGUACAAGGAUGCGCAGGGGCGGGCCCAGGCAGUGCCCAUCAGGGGCCAUGAGAAUGAGGUCACCAUCCCCGGCCUGGAGUCCGACCGGAAGUAUAAGAUGAACCUCUAUGGGCUUCAUGGCAGGCAGCGCGUGGGGCCUGUGUCCGUGGUGGCCACCACAGCCCCGCAGGAAGGCGUGGACAAGACCCCCAGCCCCACAGAGCCCAGCACAGAGGCCUCGGAGGCCCCCGAGGAGCCCCUCCUGGGGGAGCUGACGGUGACAGGAUCCUCCCCGGACUCGCUGAGCCUCUCCUGGACCGUCCCUCAGGGCCACUUCGACUCCUUCACCGUCCAGUACAGAGACAGGGACGGGCAGCCCAAGGUGAUGCGGGUGCCGGGGCACCAGGACGGGGUCACCAUCUCGGGCCUGGAGCCAGACCACAAGUACAAGAUGAACCUGUACGGCUUCCAUGACAGACAGCGCGUGGGCCCCGUCUCUGUCAUCGGGGUGACAACUGCAGAGGAAGACACCCCCAGCCCCACAGAGAUGGAGGAGACCCCCAGCCCCACAGAACCCAGCACAGAAGCCUCGGAGGCCCCCGAGGAGCCCCUCCUGGGGGAGCUGACGGUGACAGGAUCCUCCCCGGACUCGCUGAGCCUCUCCUGGACCGUCCCCCAGGGCCACUUCGACUCCUUCACCGUCCAGUACAAGGGCAGAGACGGGCCCCAGGUGGUGCGUGUCGGGGGCGAGGAGAGUGAGGUGACGGCUGGGGGCCUGGAGCCCGGGCACAAGUACAAGAUGCACCUGUACGGCCUGCACGGGGGGCAGCGUGUGGGCCCCGUGUCCACCGUGGGCGUGACCGCUCCACAACCAGAAGAGACUCCUCCAGCCACCGAGCCCCCCCUGGAGCCACGCCUCGGGGAGCUGACAGUGACAGAUGUGACCCCCAGCUCCGUGGGCCUUGCAUGGACGGUCCCUGAGGGCCAGUUUGACUCCUUCGUGGUCCAGUACAAGGACAGGGACGGGCAGCCCCAGGCGGUGCCUGUGGCCGCAGACCAGCGCGAGGCCACUGUCCCGGACCUGGAGCCUGCACGCAAAUACAAGAUGAACGUCUACGGGCUACACGGUGGGCAGCGUGUGGGCCCCCUCUCUGUGGUAGCCAUGACCGCCCCAGGCGCAGAGCCCCCCCUUGAGCCACGUCUGGGGGAGCUGACAGUGACGGACAUGACCCCAGACUCCAUGGGCCUCUCCUGGACAGUCCCCGAGGGUGAAUUCGACUCCUUCGUGGUCCAGUACAAGGACAGGGACAGGCAGCCCCAGGAGGUGCCUGUGGCUGCAGACCAGCGUGACGUCACCAUCCCCGGCCUGGAGCCCAAUAGGAAAUACAAGUUCCUGCUCUUUGGUAUCCAGGAUGGGAAACGCCACAGCCCAGUCUCUGUGGAGGCAAAGACAGUUGCUCGAGGUGACACCAGCCCAGGAACCCCACCCCGCCUCGGGGAGCUGUGGGUGACAGACCCCACCCCAGACUCACUGCGCCUCUCCUGGACAGUCCCCGAGGGCCACUUUGACUCCUUUGUGGUCCAGUUCAAGGACAGGGACGGGCCCCGGGUGGUGCCUGCAGAGGGCCACGAGCGCUCAGUCACCAUCGGCCCUCUGGACGCCAGCCGCAAGUACAGAUUCCUCCUCUACGGCCUCCUGGGCAAGAGGCGCCAUGGCCCCCUCACCGCCGAGGGCACCACAGAGACCCGGAGAGCUGUGGACGAGGCUGGAACAAAACCACGUUUGGGGGAGGAGCUGCAGGUGACCAGCGUGACAUCAGACUCCGUGGGCCUCUCGUGGACGGUCCCUGAGGGCCAGUUUGACUCCUUUGUGGUCCAGUACAAGGACAGAGAUGGGCAACCCCAGGUGGUGCCCGUGGAGGGCAGCCUCAGGGAGGUCAGUGUCUCAGGCCUGGACCCUGCCCGCAGGUACAAGCUGCUGCUCUACGGGCUAUACGAGGGCAAGCGUGUGGGUCCCAUCUCCACCGUCGCCACGACCGCCCACGGGGAAGAAGUUGAAGCUGAGACUGAGGCCCCCAGCCCUCCAGCAUCCGAGCCCCGUCUGGGGGAGGUGACUGUGGAGGAGAGCGCCCCACACACCCUGCAUCUCUCCUGGGCCGUGAUUGAGGGAGAAUUUGACUCCUUCGAGGUCCAGUACACAGACGAGGAUGGGCGACUCCAAGUAGUCCAUUUAGGGGGCAGCCAGAAUGACAUCACCCUCUCUGACCUGGAAUCCGACCACAGAUACCUGGUGAGCCUGUACGGCCUCCACGAUGGGCAGCGUGUGGGUCCUGCGCACGUCGAGGCCCUGACAGCCCCAAAUGAGGAAGAGAAUGAACCUUCAGAAUCUCCCUCUACCACCCCUGAGCCUCACGUCACGCCUCGCCUGGGGGAGCUGGCAGUGACAGACGCCACCCCCGAAUCCCUGAGCCUCUCCUGGACCAUCCCCGAGGGCCAGUUUGACCACUUCCUGAUCCAGUACAAGAACGGGGACGGGCAGCCCAAGGCAGUGAGGGUGCCGGGGUACGAGGACGGGGUCACCAUCUCGGGCCUGGAGCCAGACCACAAGUACAAGAUGAACCUGUACGGCUUCCAUGACAGCCAGCGCGUGGGCCCCGUCUCUGUCAUCGGGGUGACAACUGCAGAGGAAGACACCCCCAGCCCCACAGAGAUGGAGGAGACCCCCAGCCCCACAGAACCCAGCACAGAAGCCUCGGAGGCCCCCGAGGAGCCCCUCCUGGGGGAGCUGACGGUGACAGGAUCCUCCCCGGACUCGCUGAGCCUCUCCUGGACCGUCCCUCAGGGCCACUUCGACUCCUUCACCGUCCAGUACAGAGACAGGGAUGGGCAGCCCAAGGUGAUGCGGGUGCCAGGGCACCAGGAUGGGGUCACCAUCUCAGGCCUGGAGCCAGACCACAAGUACAAGAUGAACCUGUACGGCUUCCAUGACAGACAGCGCGUGGGCCCCGUGUCUGUCAUCGGGGUGACAACUGCAGAGGAAGACACCCCCAGCCCCACAGAGAUGGAGGAGACCCCCAGCCCCACAGAACCCAGCACAGAGGCCUCGGAGGCCCCCGAGGAGCCCCUCCUGGGGGAGCUGACGGUGACAGGAUCCUCCCCGGACUCGCUGAGCCUCUCCUGGACCGUCCCCCAGGGCCACUUCGACUCCUUCACCGUCCAGUACAAGGGCAGAGACGGGCCCCAGGUGGUGCGUGUCGGGGGCGAGGAGAGUGAGGUGACGGCUGGGGGCCUGGAGCCCGGGCGCAAGUACAAGAUGCACCUGUACGGCCUGCACGGGGGGCGGCGUGUGGGCCCCGUGUCCACCGUGGGCGUGACUGCCCCUAAAGAGGAGCCCCCUGCCAUCCCCCCUUUGAAGCCACAGCUGGGAGAGCUGACUGUGACGGACACCACCCCCGACUCCCUGAGCCUCUUCUGGAACGUCCCAGAGGGCCAGUUUGACCACUUCCUGGUCCAGUACAAGAACGGAGACGGGCAGCCCAAGGCGGUGAGGGUGCCGGGGCACCAGGACGGGGUCACCAUCUCGGGCCUGGAGCCAGACCACAAGUACAAGAUGAACCUGUACGGCUUCCACAGUGGCCAGCGCGUGGGCCCUGUCUCCACUGUAGGUUUAACUGCCUCAGAAAAUGACCAAGAAAUGACCCCAGCCCCAACAGACCUGCCCACCACAGCCCCCGAGCCUCCCGUCAAGCCGCACCUGGGGGAGCUGGCAGUGACAGACGCCACCCCCGAAUCCCUGAGCCUCUCCUGGACCAUCCCCGAGGGCCAGUUUGACCACUUCCUGAUCCAGUACAAGAACGGGGACGGGCAGCCCAAGGCAGUGAGGGUGCCGGGGUACGAGGACGGGGUCACCAUCUCGGGCCUGGAGCCAGAUCACAAGUACAAGAUGAACCUGUACGGCUUCCAUGACAGACAGCGCGUGGGCCCCGUCUCUGUCAUCGGAGUGACAACUGCAGAGGAAGACACCCCCAGCCCCACAGAGAUGGAAGAGACCCCCAGCCCCACAGAACCCAGCACAGAGACCUCGGAGGCCCCUGAGGAGCCCCUCCUGGGGGAGCUGACGGUGACAGGAUCCUCCCCGGACUCGCUGAGUCUCUCCUGGACCGUCCCCCAGGGCCACUUCGACUCCUUCACCGUCCAGUACAAGGGCAGAGACGGGCCCCAGGUGGUGCGUGUCGGGGGCGAGGAGAGUGAGGUGACGGCUGGGGGCCUGGAGCCCGGGCGCAAGUACAAGAUGCACCUGUACGGCCUGCACAGGGGGCGGCGUGUGGGCCCCGUGUCCACCGUGGGCGUGACCGCCCUCCAGGAGGUUGUGGAGGAGACCCCCAGCCCCACAGAACCCAGCACAGAGGCUCCGGAGCCCCCCAGAGAGCCUCUCUUGGGGGAACUGACGGUGACAGGAUCCUCCCCGGACUCGCUGAGCCUCUCCUGGACCGUCCCCCAGGGCCACUUCGACUCCUUCACCGUCCAGUACAAGGGCAGAGACGGGCCCCAGGUGGUGCGUGUCGGGGGCGAGGAGAGUGAGGUGACCAUUGGGGGCCUGGAGCCCGGGCGCAAGUACAAGAUGCACCUGUACGGCCUGCACGGGGGGCAGCGUGUGGGCCCCGUGUCCACCGUGGGCGUGACCGAUCCAGACUACAAAGCCAUGACCACCCAAGCCCCGUCCACUGCGGCCCCCGAGCCUCCCGUCAAGCCGCACCUGGGGGAGCUGGCAGUGACAGACGCCACCCCCGAAUCCCUGAGCCUCUCCUGGACCAUCCCCGAGGGCCAGUUUGACCACUUCCUGAUCCAGUACAAGAACGGGGACGGGCAGCCCAAGGCAGUGAGGGUGCCGGGGUACGAGGACGGGGUCACCAUCUCGGGCCUGGAGCCAGACCACAAGUAUAAGAUGAACCUGUACGGCUUCCAUGACAGCCAGCGCGUGGGCCCCGUCUCUGUCAUCGGGGUGACAACUGCAGAGGAAGACACCCCCAGCCCCACAGAGAUGGAGGAGACCCCCAGCCCCACAGAACCCAGCACAGAGGCCUCGGAGGCCCCCGAGGAGCCCCUCCUGGGGGAGCUGACGGUGACAGGAUCCUCCCCGGACUCGCUGAGUCUCUCCUGGACCGUCCCCCAGGGCCACUUCGACUCCUUCACCGUCCAGUACAAGGGCAGAGACGGGCCCCAGGUGGUGCGUGUCGGGGGCGAGGAGAGUGAGGUGACGGUUGGGGGCCUGGAGCCCGGGCGCAAGUACAAGAUGCACCUGUACGGCCUGCACGGGGGGCGGCGUGUGGGCCCCGUGUCCACCAUGGGCGUGACCGCCUCCCUGAAUACAGAGCCCCCCGUGGCACCCCGCCUGGGGGAGCUGGCCGUGGCAGCCGUGACCUCAGACACAGUGCACCUCUCCUGGACAGUGGAGCGGGGCCCCUUCGACUCCUUCCUGGUCCAAUACAAGGAUGUGCAGGGGCAGCCGCAGGCAGUGCCAGUGGGUGGACACCUCCGAGAGGUCUCGGUUUCGGACCUGGCCCCGGGCCACAAGUACAAGUUCCUACUCUUCGGAUUCCAGGAUGAGAAACAACACGGGCCAGUCUCUGCAGACGCGAAGACCCUCCCAGACACUAAACCUUCUCUCCGCCUGGGGGAGCUGACAGUGACGGACGUGACCCCAGACUCCCUGGGCCUCUCCUGGACGGUCCCCGAGGGCGAAUUUGACUCCUUCGUGGUUCAGUACAGGGACAGGGACGGGCAGCCGCACGUGGUGCCUGUGGCCUCGGACCAGCGCGAGAGCACCAUCCCCGGCCUGGAGCCCAAUAGCAAAUACAAGUUUCUGCUCUAUGGGCUGGCAGGCAGGAAACGACUGGGCCCCAUCUCUGCUGAAGGCAGCACGGCUCCCCUGAAGAAGGAGCAGCAGCGCCCACCCCACCUCGGGGAGCUGACAGUGACAGACGAGACUUCGGAUUCUCUGCGCCUCUUGUGGACAGCGGCCCAGGGCCCCUUUGACUCCUUCGUGGUCCAGUACAGGGACACAGAAGGGCAGCCCUCGGCGGUGCCUGUGGCCGCAGACCAGAGAGAGGUCACCAUAGAGGGCCUGGAGCCUGGCAGGAAAUACAAGUUUCUGCUCUAUGGGCUUCUCAGAGGACAGCGCCUGGGCCCCGUCUCUGUCCUGGGAAUGACAGCCCCAGAAGAGGACAUGCCAGCACCCUGGCACCUGACCACGGAGGCCCCCGAGCCCCCUGAAGGGCCCCGCCUGGGGACACUGGCAGUGAAGGAUGUGUCCCCGGAUGCCCUGCGCCUCUCAUGGAGCGUGGCCCAGGGCCCCUUUGACUCCUUCGUGGUCCAGUAUCAGAGCACAGGUGGGGAGCCCCAGGCCUUGCUCGUGGGUGGCGACCAGAACAAGCUCCUCGUGUCAGGCCUGGAGCCCAGCACCUCCUACAAGUUCUUCCUCUACGGCUUGCAUGAAGGGAAGCGCCUGGGGCCCGUCUCAGCCGAGGGCAUCACAGGGCCAGCUCCUGCCGGUCAGACCCCCGGAGAGCCAGGGCCGCGCCUAUCCCACCUGUCGGUGACUGAUGUGACCACCAAUUCGCUGCUGCUCAACUGGGAGGCCCCACCCGAGGCCUUUGACUCCUUCCUGCUCCGCUUUGGGGUCCCAUCACCGAGCACUCUGGAGCUGCAUCCACGUUCCCCGCCGCAGCGGGAGCUGACGGUGCCAGGGACGCAGCGCUCGGCUGUGCUCCGGGACCUGAGUCCAGGGACCCUAUACGCCCUUACGUUGUACGGGCUGCGUGGGCCUCACAAGGCCGACAGCGUCCAGGGUACAGCCCGGACCCUCAGCCCAGCUCUGGAGCGCCCCCGUGACCUGCAGUUCAGCGAGAUCGGGGAGACGUCAGCCAAGGUCAGCUGGAUGCCCCCCCGGUCCAGAGUGGACAGCUUCAAAGUUUCCUACCAGCUGGCAGAUGGAGGGGAGCCACAGAGUGUUCAGGUGGAUGGCCGAGCCCGGACCCAGAAACUCGAGGGGCUCGUCCCAGGCGCUCACUACGACGUCACCGUGGUCUCCGUCCGUGGCUUUGAGGAGAGUGAGCCUCUCACAGGCUUCCUUACCACGGUUCCUGACGGCCCCACCCAUCUGCGUGCACUGAACCUGACGGAAGGAUCCGCCCUGCUGCUUUGGCAGCCCCCCCAGGCCCCGGUGGAUACCUAUGACAUCAAGGUCACAGCCCCAGGAGUGCCCUCGCUACAGGGUUCGGCCCCUGGCAGCGCCGUGGACUACCCCCUGCAAGGCCUUGAGCUCCACACCAACUACACGGCGACCCUGCAUGGCCUUCGGGGACCCAGCCUCACCUCCCCAGCCAGCAUCACCUUCACCACAGGGUUGGAGGCCCCCCAGGACUUGGAGGCCAAGGAGGUGACCCCCCGCACAGCCCUGCUCACUUGGAUCGCGCCCCAAGUCCCCCCAACUGGCUACCUGCUCAGCUUCAACACCCCUGGUGGACAGACCCAGGAGAUCAUGCUCCCAGGAGGGGUCACCUCUCACCAGCUUCACAACCUCUUUCCCUCCACCCCCUAUAGCGCGUGGCUCCGGGCCAUGUGGGACCACAGCUUCACUCCGCCCAUGUCCACUUCCUUCACCACUGGUGGACUUCGGAUCCCCUUCCCCCGGGACUGUGGGGAGGAGAUGCAGAACGGGGCCAGCACCUCAAGGACCACCACCGUCUUCCUCAACGGCAACCGCGAGCGGCCCCUGAACGUCUUUUGUGACAUGGAGACCGAUGGGGGUGGCUGGCUGGUGUUCCAGCGCCGCAUGGAUGGAAAAACUGACUUCUGGCGGGACUGGGAGGACUAUGCCCAGGGUUUUGGGAACAUCUCCGAGGAGUUCUGGCUGGGCAACGAGGCCCUGCACAGCCUGACCAAAGCCGGCGACUACUCCUUGCGUGUGGACCUGCGGGAUGGGGACGAGGCCGUGUUUGCCCAGUACGACUCCUUCCAAGUAGACUCGGCCAACGAGUACUACCGCCUCCACCUGGAAGGCUACCAUGGCACUGCAGGGGACUCCAUGAGCUACCACAGCGGCAGUGUCUUCUCUGCCCGUGACCGAGACCCCAACAACUUGCUCAUCUCCUGCGCCGUCUCUUACCGAGGGGCCUGGUGGUAUAGGAACUGCCACUAUGCCAACCUCAACGGGCUCUACGGGAGCACGGUGGACCACCAGGGAGUGACCUGGUACUACUGGAAGGGCUUUGACUUCUCCGUGCCCUUCACGGAAAUGAAGCUGAGACCAAGAAGCUACCGGCCCCCCGGCAGGGGGGGCUGAGCCGCUGCUCACCCCUC